AUGCUUCUGACUUCAGUUGUUGGCGCCGUUGGCCUUCUUGGCACGGUUGCUGAAGCUGCUCCUCGCGGUUCUUGGUUCCGUCGAGCUCAACCUCAAGUUGCUCGAUCUGUCAAUGACUAUGCUCCUCCCAAGUACACUCCUAUCGUCAGCUAUACGCCUCCCAAGAACACGACCACUCCCGUCAUCAGCUCGACAACUCUUGAGCCAACCACCCAAUGCCCCACUGACUAUGUUUUUGUCACUACCAGAACUGUCGAUGUCACAGUUACCGUCACUGCUUCUUCCAAUGGAUCUUACUACACCACAGAAAUCUGCAAAGACUGCACCAAGACUGUGACUAUCAGCAACACUGUCCUUGUGCCUCCUACCAAGUACGCUUCGACUCUUCCAUACGGUAGUGAGAACACAGCUUCUCCUUACCACCCUGUCAACUCAACAUAUGCGGCGCCUUCUCAAACCAAGACAGGCAAUGACUAUCCUCACAUGAACUCGACCAUUGGAUACUCAUUCACCGCGACUAUCGAUCAGCAUGCCUCGCCCACUUACCAGACCCCUGGACAAAGCGCAGUCUACAGCGCUCCUGAUGGUCAGGUUUCUCCCCCAGUUUAUACCAAACCGGCCAACACUAAGCCUGUGUACUCGGAUCCUACUUAUGGUAACUCGACUGGUACACUAUCAGCAUACGUUCCUCCCGUAUACACCAAGCCCGCUUACUCUUCUCUUGCUUCUGGUAACGGAACUGUACCUGUGUACACCAAGCCCGUGGAUACACCUGUUUACUCAGCCCCAGUCUAUACGAAGCCUGUUUUGCCUGGUAAUACUUCAGUCGUUACUCCUCCUGUUUACACCGAGCCUGUUCUACCCAGCAACUCCUCUGUUGUCGACCCUCCUGUGUACACCAAGCCGGUCUACUCUGAGCCUAUCAUCCCUGGUAAUUCUUCGACCAUCGACGUCCCUGUUUACACGAAGCCUGCCGAGACCCCCAUCUACACGCCUCCUGUUUACACAAAGCCAGCUUACCCUGGUCCUGUGAUCCCCGGUAACUCUUCUACUGUUGAGCCCCCAGUCAUCUCUGCGACCACCGAAGAUGCACUCUACACCCCGCCAGUCUACACCAAGCCUGUGUACUCAGUCCCUGCCAUCCCCGGCAACUCUUCAACCAUUGAGCCCAUCAUCCCAACUCUCACAGGCUCUUCCUCCAGUGAGACUUCGGCUUCGCUCUCGACCAGCGCUGGUGUCGACCCCAUCUACACACCACCAGUCUACAACCCUCCUGUCAUCAGCAGUGAGUCUUCUGAGUACUCCACCAUCUCUAUUCACACCAACUCGACCAUUCCUCCAGUGAUCCCCACAACCUCUGAGGAUCCCAUUAUCAUUUCAACCACAGAUAGCGCCACCACCUCAGAGACCGAGACGCCUUCUGUUGAGACCACUUCCUUUACUGUCGCCAGCUCUCAGGUACCGCCAGUGAUCCCCACUCCUUCGACCACAGAGGUCUUCAUCUCCACCACUGAGACAUCGGAAACCACGAUCACCGAGACGAGCGUCGAGACUGCCACAACCAGUCCCACCCCCACCCCUGAGGCAUUGAGAUACGAGCAACCGCGACAAGGCGGACUGGCUGCGGCUAUCAGGUUGGGUCUCGGACUCGGCGCUUAA